UACCCUACAGUCCUUUUCUCUCUAUCUCUCUUCGUUUUCUGGAUCAAAGUUGUUUGUAAUUUUUUUUUUCCUUCUUCGAUUUUUGUUUGAGCUCAUUAGUCGCUCAUUUGGUGAGUAAUUGUGUGUGUUGGAUGAUUUAUGUUCAUUUUCUGGAUCUGAAGGUUUGAGAAUUGGGGACGAGUUUGUGUAAUUAUUGAGAGGGAAACUCAUUAUUAUUUAUGUACUUGUAAAGAAUCCGGGCAGGGGUGAUUUGGAGAUUAUUUUGAAAAUAGAUGGGGGAAAGUGAGGGAAGCGAAUUCCCUCCAAAAAAGUUGCAGCAAUCGGAGACUGCAGAUUUUCCGGCCAAAAAGCUAGCCAGACAGCUAGAUUUCACACAGGGUGUCCUUCCUGAAUUGCAGCCAUCGCCUGUGGUGGUUACCCCGGCGUCCGCGCAGUGCCAACCGCUGCCGCAGCCUCACCCACAACCGCAACCACAGGUGGUUUCGAUUCCAGGGGCAACGCAACAGCAGCCAGCAGCGAGGGCUGUGAAACCAGAAUCACCAAAAUCAAGACCAAGACUGAAUGCUGAAUUGAAAGAUGGCACUCCGAAGAAGCAAAAACAGUGCAACUGUAAACACUCUCGGUGCUUAAAGCUUUAUUGUGAGUGCUUUGCCUCUGGAACAUACUGUGAUGGGUGCAAUUGCGUUAAUUGUUAUAACAAUGUUGAAAAUGAGGCUGCCAGGCGAGAAGCUGUCGAAGCAACUCUGGAGCGCAAUCCAAAUGCAUUCAGGCCAAAAAUUGCAAGCAGCCCACAUGGAACACGGGAUAGUCGGGAAGAGACUGGGGAAGGAUUGGUGUUUGUAAAGCACAAUAAGGGAUGUCACUGCAAAAAAUCUGGAUGUCUCAAAAAGUACUGUGAAUGUUUCCAAGCAAACAUUCUUUGUUCUGAAAAUUGUAAAUGCAUGGACUGCAAGAACUUUGAAGGAAGUGAAGAGAGACAGGCACUCUUUCAUGGUGACCAUGGCAACAACAUGGCAUAUAUUCAACAGGCUGCAAAUGCUGCAAUAACUGGGGCUAUUGGAUCUUCUGGCUAUGCUUCCCUGCCUGUAUCUAGGAAGAGAAAAGGUCAGGAGCUUUUCUUUGGGCAGACAGUCAAGGAUCCGUCAUUUCACAGGCUUGGACAUUUUCAACAGGCUAGCCACAUCAGGCCUGCUGCGCCCUCCUCUCCAUUGCCUUAUAAUCCUGUUGCUCGAGCUGGUAACACUACAACAUUGGGCUCAUCAAAAAUCACAUACAGGUCUCUCUUGGCAGACAUUAUCCAAUCACAGGACUUAAAAGAACUUUGCUCAGUUUUAGUGGUUCUGUCAGGAGAAGCUGCCAAGACGCUUUCAGACCAAAGAAAUUCAAUGAAAAAGCAAGUAGAAGAUCAAAGAGACACUUUUCUUGCUUCAUCUACCCAAGAAAGGUUGCAGAGCCAGAAGGAAUUUGAUGCUGAUAAAAUUGUUUCUAAUGAUUGUUCGAGUGCAAACCAUGCUAAUGAAGGAGGCCUCGACGAUUCCAGCUUAGAUGGUGUUGAUAUGCCAAAAGGAAGGCCAAUGUCUCCUGGGACUUUGGCAUUGAUGUGCGAUGAACAAGAUACAAUCUUUAUGGCUGCUGCUUCCCCCAAUGGGUUGAUGGGCCAUGGCUGCAACACUUCUUCACAGCUGCCUUGUGGACAAGGCAUGGCAGAGGCUCAUGCAGAGCAAGAAAGAAUUGUUUUAACGAAGUUUCGAGAUUGCCUUAAUAGGCUCAUCACAUUCGGGGAAAUAAAAGAAACGAAGUGUUCAUCAUUAGCCAGAACUGAGCUGGGGAAUGAAAAAGGUCCACCCAGCACAGGUUUAGCAAAUACCAGAACUCGAACAGGGAGUCAACAGGGACCCUUUAGCAAUGGGGUUGUUAAAGUUCCAGCAACUGCCAAACCACCCCAGAUGGUUACUUCUAUAGUUGCCACCUCUAGCAGUGAUCUUAAAAAAAUUCCUAGCCUCCCACAAAAUGGAGAUAAAAAGCUGAAGUCUUGAAAAGAAAUGUAGACAUUUUAGCUCUGAAGACUGGCCCAAGGUACGCUACAGAACCUCUGCAAUACUACUACAAUGCUCAUUCUGACUUCAAUGCUGAUGCAGUCUCUAGGUAGUAUUUGGGCCUGGUUGUUGGAACUGACCAGGAUUGGAUUUAUUGCCCUCGUAAUUAAUAUAUUACAUAGUAGUGUUUCUGUUUCAACCAUAAUUCAAAUCCAGUGGUAUAAGUUGCUGAGCCUUACAAAUGCACAGGAUAUGGUUUCUAUGAUUACUUGCAGUUACCAUCAUAGAUUGUAUCUUUAGAUACUAGGGAUUUUCUUGUUCUAUUUACGUUGUUGAAAGCAAAGAGCAAAUUUAUAAUUUUUAAUGGAAUAUGAAAUUUCAAGUUUGAUCCUUGAA